AUGUCUCGUUCACAACAAAAAUCUCAAGAUGAAAAUCGACAUAUUCGUUCACCAUUAAAAAAGACUAGUCAGGAAUCAGUAGCUACACGUCCACUAUCACAAGUUCCUUAUCUUAACGGAGUAUUCGAUGAUGAAGAAGCCAUUAAUCAGCCACAAGUAAUUUAUGUUCGAGAAACUGACUCAGAUUAUAUACGUCGAUGUAAAUUAGGUGGUAGUCGAGAUUUACUCGUGUAUAUUGAUCCAGCAUCAUGUAAAAGUAAAGAACCUGUAGCAUAUGCUAGACCACUGUGGUGGGAUGCCAUGUGUGAAGAUUUUCCUUCACCACCAAAUGGUGAGAAUGAACAGCAGCAAGAAAAGAGAUCAUCAAAAAGUGAACAUGAAUUUAGUGCUUCUAGUCGGGUUGUUCAUACUGCACAAAGCAGUUCUCCGGAUAGACGACGAAGCACAACUUCGAGACAAUCGCAAUUGUCAAAAAAUGGCAAAAAGAAAUAA